AGACAUCCGCCAUGCCCGCUACUACCGCCUCCGCCUCCCCCGCUACCCCGUCUCCCGCCUCUCUCAAGGCUGCCGUUGCGCCUGCGGCCGGCCAGUUCGACGUCUCCGGCCUCUUCGUCGCGGACAAGGCAACCCGCGAAGCCGCCGCUGCCCAGCUUGCUGCGCUCGCACAAAAGGAGGGCCCCAAGGCCUUCCAGUCCGUCGGCUUCGUCGACGCCGCCAUCAAGGCCCUCGGCGACAAGAAGUCGCCCUCGGCCCGUGAGGGUGCAGCCAACGCCAUCGCUACCAUCGCAGGCACCCCCGCGGUGAAGGCGCUUGAGCCUAUCUUCAUCGACUCUGGCCUCUACGCCGGGCUCCUCGAGGGCUUCGCCGACAAGAUGCCCGCUGCGCGGACAGCUGCCGUCGAGGCGGUUCGGGCGUAUGUUGCGGCUAUGAACCCCUGGGCUACGGGACUGAUCCUCCCCGCCCUUCUUCACGAGGUCAAGACUGCCGGCAAGUGGCAGCUCAAGACCGGUUCUAUCACCAUCAUCAACCAGCUCGUUGUCUCCGCCCCGUCUCAGGUCGCCAAGCUCACCCCCGAGAUCGUCCCCGUCCUCGCGGAGGCUAUCUGGGACACCAAGGCGGACGUGAAGAAGGCGGCGCGCGACUCGCUCGAAAAGGUCACCGCUCUGGUUUCGAACAAGGACAUAGAACGCUUUAUUCCUGCCCUCAUCAAGGCCCUAAUCAACCCCGUCGAGGAGGUGCCUAAUACCAUCACGCUCCUCUCGGCGACUACGUUCGUUUCCGAAGUAGACUCCCCUACCCUCUCCCUCAUGGUUCCUCUCCUGUCUCGUGGUCUCACCGAGAAGCUUACGGCGACGAAGCGUAAGGUUGCCGUCAUCACCGACAACAUGGCCAAGCUCGUCGACUCCCCUGUCACCGUCCGCCCCUUCAUCCCCAAGCUCCUCCCCGGUCUGAUCAAGAUCGAGACCACGAUGGGUGACCCUGAGGCGCGUAGCGUCGUCAACCGUGCCAUCAAGACUCUUCGCGAAGUUGGCGAGGUCUCCGAGAGCAGCGACGGCUCCGACUUGCCGCCUAUCAAGCUCGCGGACGAGAAGCACCUCGCGCACUCGGUCAUCGCCAUCUACAAGAAGGCUGGCGCUGCCCCCCUGCCCUCCGUUGCCGAUGUCGCGACCAUGUACGCCGCGAACCUCGCUGCGAACCUCUCCAACGCGAAGAACUUCGACGUCUCUGAGUGGCAGACGCUCAUCCCCUACCUCACGUUCCUUUCGACCUCCCCCGACCCCAACACCAUCGCCAACGAGUGGGUCGUGAAGUCCGCGUCCACGGACGACGAAGAUGACACCGCCGCUGAGGACGAGGAGGAGGGUGAGGAUCUGUGCAACUGCCAGUUCUCGCUCGCCUACGGUGCGAAGAUCCUGUUGAACACCGCUUCCCUCCGCCUCAAGCGUGGCCACCGCUACGGUCUCUGCGGUCGCAACGGUACCGGCAAGUCGACCCUCAUGCGCGCGAUCACGAACGGGCAAGUCGAGGGUUUCCCUUCCCCCGACGAGGUGCGCACGUUCUACGUCGAGCACGACAUCGACGGCAGCGAGGCGGAGAGUUCCGUCCUCGACUUCAUCGUCGCGGACACCCGGAUCCAAGCCACGAAGGAGGAAAUCAUCGAGACGCUCGCGUCCGUUGGGUUCUCCGAUGAGAGGCAGGCGCAGGCCAUCGGCAGUCUGUCUGGUGGUUGGAAGAUGAAGCUCGCCCUCGCUCGUGCGAUGCUCUUCCGGGCUGAUAUCCUCCUCCUCGAUGAGCCUACGAACCACUUGGACGUCGUCAACGUCGCGUGGCUCGAGAGCUACCUCACCAGCCUCACCACCUGCACGUCGAUCAUCGUCUCGCACGACUCCGGCUUCCUCAACAACUCCAUCACCGACGUGCUCCACCUGAACCGCUUCAAGCUCAAGCGCUACCGUGGUAACCUCGAGUCGUUCAUGAAGGCCGUUCCCGAAGCUCGCUCGUACUACACCCUCGAGGCGGCUGAGGACUACCAGUUCAAGCUCCCCGACCCUCCUCUGCUCGAGGGCGUCAAGACGAAGGAGAAGUCCCUGUUGAAGAUGCGCAAGGUCGGCUACCAGUACCCCACGCAGACCGUCCAGCAACUCUACGACAUCACCCUCCAAGUCUCGCUCUCGUCUCGUGUCGCUGUCCUUGGCCCCAACGGUUCCGGCAAGUCGACCCUCGUCAAGCUCCUCAUCGGUGAUCUCGAGCCCAACCGUGGCGGUGAGACCUGGAAGCACCCCAACUUGGUCAUCGGCUACGUCGCGCAGCACGCGUUCCACCACAUCGACCACCACCUCGACAAGACCCCACUCGAGUACAUGUUGUGGCGUUACCAGACCGGUGAGGAUCUCGAGGAGAUGAUGAAGGCGAACCGCCAAAUCACGGAGGAGGAUGCCGCGAAGAUGAAGGAGGGCUCCGUCGUCGUCGUCGAGGGCCAGAAGCGUAUCAUCGACGAGAUCGUCGCCCGCAAGAAGCUCAAGCAGUCGUACGAGUACGAGGUCUCGUUCAAGGGCCUGUCCUCGUCCGAGAACAUCUGGCUCCCGCGUGACGACCUCCUCAAGCGCGGUUACGAGAAGAAAGUCCUCGAGGUCGACACUCGCGAGGCUCAGCGUCUCGGUCUUCUUCGCCCCCUCGUUCGUCGCGAGAUCGAGAAGCACUUCGCGGACUUCGGUCUCGAGCCCGAGUUCGUCUCCCACAACACCAUGCGUGGUCUCUCCGGUGGCCAGAAGGUCAAGGUCGUUCUCGGUGCUGCGACAUGGCGUCGUCCUCACGUCAUCUGCUUGGACGAGCCUACGAACUACCUCGACCGUGAGUCGCUCGCCGCGCUCAUCAAGGCGCUGAAGGAGUUCGAGGGUGGUGUGCUCGUCAUCACGCACAACCGCGACUUCUCCGAGUCGCUGUGCACGGAGGUCUGGGCUAUGCGCGACGGUCGCCUGGAGGCGUCUGGCCACAACUGGGUUGAGGGCCAGGGCGCGGGUCCCCGCAUCGACAAGAAGGACGGCGAGGAUGAGGACCAGUACGAUGCGAUGGGCAACAAGAUCGAGAGCAAGAAGCAGAAGAAGCUCACGUCUUCGGAGGCUCGCAAGCUGAAGAAGGAGCGUAUGGCACGGAAGAAGCGCGGCGAGGAGGUGACCGACGACGAGCUCUGAACGUUGUCGCGUCUGUUGUAUGCCCCCUUGUUGUUGUUUCACUAGUUCCUCCUGUCGCUAUGUUGUUCCUUCGGACGUCUCUCGGCUAUAUCUCUGCACGUCUUGUAUCCCUGUACCCUAGCAUCAUGUUUACAUUACGAAUUUAUGACCCAUGUUGUUUCACGC